AUGUCGAUGCUGGCUGAGCGUCGGCGGAAGCAGAAGUGGGCUGUGGACCCAAGAAACACUGCGUGGAGUAACAAUGACUCCAAGUUUGGCCAGAGGAUGCUGGAGAAGAUGGGGUGGUCUAAAGGCAAGGGUUUAGGGGCUCAGGAGCAAGGAGCCACUGAUCAUAUUAAAGUUCAAGUCAAAAAUAACCACCUGGGACUAGGAGCUACUAUCAAUAACGAAGACAAUUGGAUUGCUCAUCAAGAUGAUUUUAACCAGCUUCUGGCCCAGCUGAACACUUGCCAUGGGCAGGAAACAACAGACUCCCCAGACAACAAGGAAAAGAAGUCUUUCAGUCUUGAGGAGAAGUCCAAAGUCUCCAAAAACCGUGUUCACUAUAUGAAAUUCACAAAAGGGAAGGAUCUCUCAUCUCGGAGCCAAACAGAUCUUGACUGCAUUUUUGGAAAAAGACAGAAGAAGAAGACUCCUGAGGACCACCCCAGCCCGUCUGCCACGGAGGAGACGGACACCUCCCGCACGACCACCAGCGCCUUCACCAUCCACGAGUACUUUGCCAGGCGCAUGGCGGAGCGGAAGAGCAAGGCGCAAGGCGUGGCUGCAGGGCCUGAGGCUUCAGAGACCCCAGUGGGAAGGAAAGGGGGGAAGAAGAGAAAGAAAGAGGCAAAAGGUAAAAAUGUGGACGACGACAUCCAACCUAAGGCCAAGAAGAAGAGAAACCAAGUGGAAUGUGAGCUGGGAGACCCUCGCUGGGACGAGAAUCCUGGGGCUUCAGCUGGGGCUGGAGAGGGUCGCGUGGGGCCACUCGACGAGCAGGACUCCCCGCCAAAGCCCAAGAAAAGGAAGGAAAAGGAAAGGGGACCAAAGCAGGUUGAGGCAGCAGUGGGUAGUACGCUGGAUGAAACACCAGUGAAAAGGAAGAAAAAGAAGAAAGGUUCCACGUAA